AUGGAGUUCAGCAGCCUCAAGGAGCAGAGGCACCAGGCGCACGAUGCUGCCGAAGCACGCGCAGCAGCAGCUGCGGCUUCGGUAGAUGCCGACGACUCGCCGCGUCAGCCCAGGUCGUCUUCAUCGCGAACGACGCAGAGCACCAGCGGCGCGAGUGGCAGCCGCAGCCGCGACGCCCACCCGGUCGCCGAGUCGCCGUUUGGAAAGGCUAUGACAGAUCCAAACGUGGCUCAGUCGGCUCAGUCCGAACCAGUCCACUCGCAGCCUCUCGAAGAUGGCUCGCUCCCACAGCCUGAUCGCCCCGAGGGCGUUGAGGGCACUCCGGCGAGCGCUGAUGAUCAGGCCGUCGAAACGGAAGAACCGCCCAUGCGGCCACACAAUCUGCUCACGGCGACAGAGAUCCUACAAGGAGCGCCUGGCUCGGCUUCGCCGUUUGCGCCUGCACCGAUCCUGCGUCUGAAUGCGAUUCGCAUCUCUGGAGCCGGACGUGCGCUCCGCCCUAGCUUCCUUGCUUCGCUGUGCCGGCCCUACCUCGACCCGACGCUUUCGACGCAGAACGCAGACGUUUCGCUGCUCAACACGCUCCACUACGGCUCGCGCACCUCGCACGUGCUUCCAGGACAGCCGACGACGCUGGCGUCCAUCCUGGCGCUCACCUCGUCGCUCGCGGGCGAUCUGGACAAGCUCGACGUCUUCCGCAACAUCGAGGCGUCGCUUGCACCUUCGGUAUUUCCCGGCGCAAGCGAGGAGGACGUCGAUGUGAUCCUCGCGUGCGGCCGCCCUAAGGGCCGCGUGUUCCUCAAGUCGUCCACCGACGUCGGCAACGGCGAGGGCUCCGCCUCGGUGCAGGGCCGCAUCCGCAACGUCUUUGGUGGCGCCGAGACGCUGCAGGGCUCGGCGACGUUUGGCACACGCACGCGCCAGGCGUUCAACGUCGAGUUCGGCGCGCCCCUCGCAGGCAACCCCGACAUGUCGUACCGGCUCGCGGCAUUUUCGCACGACCGCGACCUUUCGGCGUUCGCCUCGGUCUCGGAGACCAUUCGCGGCGUGCGCGCCAGCAUCAACUCCAGCUCCACCUCGGAGCCCCAAGGCGUGAUCAACUCUACCGGCGCCGAGGAGGACGAAGGUGUGGCGACGACGCAGCACGAAUUUGCGUACGAGGCGUCGCUGCGCGAGCUCGCCAGGGUCCGACCGUACGCCAGCGUCGCUGUCCGAAAGAUGGCCGCGGCGCCCAGCGUCAAGUCGGCACUCAGCUGGACGUGGCUGCGUGACAGCCGCGACAGUGUGGUGUUGCCAUCACGUGGUAGUAGGAUGCGUACGCUGCUCGAGUACGCCGGCCUCGGUGGCGAUGCCAAACACGUCAAGGCGGAAUUCGAAGCGUCGACCGGUCGACAUUUCUCUCCCCUUGCAUGGCUCUUCCCGUCAAUGGCGUCGUCGGCAGAGGUGCCAACAUCGCUCAUGGGGUCAGCGGCAGUGGGCAAGGAGGAGGGAGAGGUAGUAGGCGAGGUGGCACAGGGGCUGCAUUCGAUCUUUACGACACUCACGCUGCGCACGGGUGUGGUGCACGCCCUCGGCAGCUCGGCAUCACAUCUAUCGGAUCGAUUCCAGCUCGGAGGUCCUACAUCGGUGCGCAUGUUCCGACACUCGUCGCUGGGGCCCAAGAAUGGUCAGGACUCGCUGGGAGGCGAUGCGUUCUGGUCGCUCGGGCUGUCGAUGUUCUCGCCCAUCCCCAACAAGCCGCACUGGCCACUCAUGCUGCAUGCGUUCGCCAAUGCGGGCCAGCUUGCACAGCUGCCCACCGACGCAGUGUCGAGCAGGGUGGGAGCGUGGAAAGAGCUUGCACAGCCCUCGACGGCGGCCGGUGUCGGGCUCGUGUAUACUCAGGGCCAGCUAAGGGUCGAACUCAAUGCCGGCGUCCCGCUCACAGCGCGCAGGGGAGACGGCAUGGCAAAGGGUCUCCAGCUCGGUAUCGGGAUCGACUUUCUUUGA